GCGUGUUCGCGGCCCGAGUUCGUGCGCAAGCUGGUGGGCACUUGCUAGCGCGCUGCUCGCCGCCACGCCCCCCUCGACACCCCGGCCCACGCUCCGCCCAACGCCCCGGCGACGAGCAGCCCGCCCCCGGCCCCCGCGCACCCGCCCCCGGCGCUGUCGCCCUCGUCGCCGCACUUCCCCAAGGCCUUCUCCUCCGCCGCCGACGGCUACGCGGACAAGGUGCGCAACGACCCGGAGAUCCUGGCAGCGCUGCGGCCCGAGGCGCUGGACCGCGACCCGGACGAGGCGCUGAAGCGCGCGGUGCUGUUCCCGCUGCUGGAGCUGGAGCCGCCCAAGCACUGCCUCUUCCUGCUGGUGGACUCCAUCGACGAGGCGCAGGUGCUCAACGUGGGGCCGGGCGCGGGGGCGGGGUCGCUGACCUCGUCGUCGGCGACGGGUGGCGCCGCGGCGGCGGGCGUCGCGGGCCGCCGGUCCUCCAUAGGCGCCAGUCGCACCAUCGCCGAGCUGCUGGCCAACCACCACCACCUGUUCCCACAAUGGCUGGUGCUGGUGUGCACGGCGCGCCGCCAGAGCAAGGCCGUGUCGCGCAUGUUCACGGGCUUCCGCAAGAUCUCGCUGGACGACCUGCGCAAGUCGCAGGUGGUGCGCGACGUGCAGCAGUACAUCCUGGCGCGCCUCGACCAGGAGGACGCGCUGCGCCAGCACAUCAGCCGCGACACCGCCGAGAUGCUCAACCAGCUGCACAUCAAGAGCAACGGCUGCUUCCUCUACCUCGAGAAGGUGCUGGACGGCGUGGCUGAGAACUUCAUCGUGCUGCGCGAGGUGCGCGAGAUCCCGGGCACGCUGAACGGGCUGUACCUGUGGCUGUGCCAGCGGCUGUUCAACCGCAAGCAGUUCGCCAAGGUGCAGCCGCUGCUGAACGUGAUCCUGGCGGCGCGCCGGCCGCUCACCCAGGAGCAGCUGUUCCAGUGCGUGUGGACGGGCAACGCGGCGCUGACGCGCGACGACUUCGCCAAGCGCCUGCACCUGCUGCGCCGCGUGCUGGCGGCCGGCAAGGACGGCGGCCUGCUGCUCUUCCACCACAGCUUCGCCGAGUGGCUGCUCGACGUCAAGCACUGCACGCAGAAGUACCUGUGCUCGGCGGCGGACGGGCACGCGCUGCUGGCCAUGUGGCACACGCUGCGCGCGCGCCAGCUGAGCGCCGACGAGGUGCAGGGGCUGGCGCUCCACCUCACUCGCAUGCCCUCGGCGCCGCCGCCCGCCGCGCCGCCGCCACCGCCCACCGGCCUCGACGCGCGCACGCUAGCGGCGCUCUGGCUCAUCGGCAGUGGCGCGCCCGUGCGCGACUGCCUGGCGGCGUCGCCCUCGCCUUCGCCCUCGCCCGCUCCCGCGCCCGCGCCCCAUCCGGCGCCCGCGGCGUGGGAGGCGCCCGGGCGCCCGCUGCCCAAGGACGCGCGCGUGCUGCGCCUGCUGGUGGACGCCGGCGCUCGCCUGCCCGGCGCCCCCGCGCACGCCUCCGUGCACGCCCACGCCCACGGCUCCGCGCGCCCCGACGCCCCGGGCGUGCCCGCCGACCCCGACGCCCAUGCCCCCCACGCAGACCCCGACGCCCACGCCGACGCGCGCCAUCGGCACGACCUCGCCGCUUCUAGUCAGGUGCCCGCGGCGAGCGCGCUGGCAGCGGUGGUGGUGGCGGCGCCGGCGGACCCGCUGGCCGAGCUGCUGGCCGAGUGCGGCGACGUGAACCGCGCCGACGGCAGCGGGCGCACGCUGCUGCACCAGCUGGCGGCCGAGGGCAACGCGCGGCUGCUGGCGCUGGCGGCGGCGGCGCGCGGCGCCGACCUCGAGGCCACCGACCGCCACGGCCAGACGCCGCUCAACCUGGCGGCGCGCCACGGCCACGGCGACCGCACGGCGCUGCGCGCGGCGGCGUGGGGCGGCCACGAGGACAUCGUGCUGGCGCUGCUGCGCCACGGCGCCGACGUGAACCGCACCGACGACGAGGGCCGCACGGCGCUCAUCGCCGCCGCCUACAUGGGCCACUCGGAGAUCGUGGAGCACCUGCUGGACUUCGGCGCGCGCGUCAACCACGAGGACGGCGACGGGCGCACAGCGCUGAGCGUGGCCGCGCUCUGCGUGCCAGCCAACGAGGGCUACGCCAAGGUGGUCAACAUCCUGCUGGAGCGCGGCGCCGCCGUCGACCACCAGGACAAGGACGGCAUGACGCCGCUGCUCGUCGCCGCCUUCGAGGGCCACAGAGAUGUGUGCGAGUUGCUCCUGGAGUAUGAAGCAGACGUGGACCAUGCUGACCGAGGUGGUCGCACACCCCUGUGGGCUGCCUCAUCUAUGGGCCACUCAUCUGUUGUGGAGCUGCUGCUUUUUUGGGGAUGCUACGUGGACAGCAUUGACCCAGAGGGCCGCACAGUGCUCAGUGUGGCUGCUGCCCAAGGCUGCUUGGAUGAACAACAUAGAGACAACUCAGGAUGGACGCCCUUGCAUUACGCUGCCUUUGAGGGCCAUCGUGAGGUGUGCGAGGCUCUGCUUGAAGCAGGUGCUCGAGUGGAUGAGGCUGAUAAUGACGGCAAAGGCCCACUAAUGUUGGCUGCACAGGAGGGGCACACCCAACUAGUUGAGACUUUAUUGAGAGAACACGGAGCACCUCCUGAUCAGAGAGCUCAUGAUGGAAAGACUGCACUCAGACUAGCAGCUAUAGAAGGACAUUGUGAAGUGGUUGCAAGUUUGCUGAAUCAUGGUGCUGAUGUCAACAUGAAGGAUGCUGAUGGCCGAAGUACACUGUAUGUGUUGGCUCUGGAAAACAGGUUGCCAAUGGCCAGGUUUCUUUUGGAAGAGGGAGGUGCAGAUGUGGAGAGCAGAGACUCGGAGUGCUGUGAUGUGCAGGGAAGGACCCCACUGCAUGUGAGCUCCUGGCAGGGACAUGUGGAUAUGGUGGCCCUCUUGCUCACUGUUGGAGGGGCUGAUGUGAAUGCAACUGACAAUGAAAACCGAACUGCUCUGCAUUCUGCCUCAUGGCAGGGUCAUGCAGCUAUUGUGAGGCUGCUCUUGGAGCAUGGUGCUCGUCCAGAUCACACAUGUAAUCAGGGAGCUACUGCAUUAGGUAUUGCAGCCCAGGAAGGCCAUGAAGCUUGUGUGCGAGCUCUCCUGAAUCAUGGAGCAGAUCCCAAUCAUUCAGACCGUUGUGGACGCAAUGCAUUGAGAGUUGCAGCGAAGAGUGGCCAUGAUGCUGUUGUUAGGCUUUUAGAAGAAUAUUCUGCUAAUCAACGUUCUCAGCAGUCACGGCUGGGUCUGAAUGGUGGAGGUAGUAGUAGUGCUACAUCUGUAACAUCUGGAUCAACAGCAGAAACAAAGCCCUCAUCUGCUAUUUUGUAUCCUCCAGGCCCUGGAUUGCAUACAUACUCACCUGUGGAAUCACCAGAUUCUACAAAGCGACGCUCAUUUCAACCAUCUGCAGGAAGUGGUGCAGUAUUAUCCUUCACCCAGCAACUUCAACAGUGCACCCGAGGGACAAAAAACCGACCUCUCAGUAAACUUCUAAGUCCUCUACAUAGUGAGCCCCAAAGUCCAAUUUAUGCAUCUCCUCCACACAGUCCAUUGAGUGAUGUAGCUAUUCCAAGUAGUCCUCUCACGGCGACAGGCCUCAUGGCAGGGCAAAAGGCUAAUAUUUUGGCAAAUCCUGCUGUAAUGGCUGAUCCUCACUUUGCUCGUGAUACACAUAUGAGGAUAAUUCUGGGCAAUAGUGGCAGUGCAGUUGGCCGUAGUCCCACGGGUAUUUUGACAACUCAGACUACAGAUUUUGGCAACUCUGGUUCCAGUGCAGGAAGUGGUUUGCUCAAACCCCGCCGGAAUGGAAUUGUUACAAACCCUGCCUUGAGAAUAGUUGCUGGUGUUAAAAAUGGUCUUGAUGCAGCAGCAGGUAGAAAACAUAAUGCUAAUUCAAGGUUGCAGUCCUCACAACAGCACAAGAGCAAUGGUUUUCAAUGGCGCAAAGAAACUCCCCUUUGAGUAUAUUUUCCAGGGCAACAGUGUCUUCUCAUCUUGUUAGUCAAGAAGAGUGUUUGACACAAAUCUAAUGCCUCAGUAAAAAGUAAUCCCAAAAAAUUGUGAUUGAGCACAAUUUGUGAAAGAAAAUAGCAUGUGGAGUUCAGUGAUGGACUGUAUUACUGACCUCUAAUUUUGUUUGGUUUGAAAUGUUGGCCUAGUUGUUGACCCAGAGGCCUAUUUGAACAGUUUUUCUUUUUCUUGUAAAAUAUACAUAUUCUAUACCUCUCUAAGUAAUGGAACUAUAUUUGUGAAGCCUUCUUCCAUUCCAUGAAGAUCAUAUGAUGUGUUUUUCUUGAUAUUCUUGGAACCUGAAGAUUUUCUGCAACAGGAAGUGCAUGAUUAUUUUCUGAAAUAGGACGUAUAUUCUCAGGAAUCAGAUAUCAGAAGAGGAAAUGCAGAUACUAUUCCUGCAAUUAUUUUAAUUCAACUUUUCGCUUUUCAAUGAUUUUUAUCAAGAAGAAAAAGUUCUUAUGUUUGCAAAGCAAAAUGUUUCAUCAUCAUUAUUAUUAUUAUUAUUAUUAUUAUUAUUAUUAUUAUUAUUAUUAUUAUUAUUAUUAUUAUUAUUAUUACUAUUACUAUUACUAUUACUAUUAUAAACAUACACAUUGACCCUUCUAGUUAUGAACCGACACUGUAAAGAUUGAAAUUUAAAUUCCAGACCUUUCCUAUUUAAGAAAUUUAACACCCCAACUUCAUUUUUAUAAUUUUUUAUUUCUGGAAGCAUCAACAUUUUUAUGCAUAACAUUGCCCAAUUUAGAUUGGCAAAUAUUCAAUAAAAAGAUGUGUCAUUAAUAUGCAAACAAAAUUGCUUUGC